UUGAAAGUUUGGAAAACUGUAAGAAGACUUUUUUAAAAUGGAGAAGGUUAAAUUUGCGGAUGAAAUUGAAACCGAUAAAGAUAACGGAGAGAAAAGCAAUAGUGAUGCAUCUAAUGUAUCUUGUGAGAAAUCCAUUGAUUCAUUAUCAGUAGAUCCAUCGAUUUCAGAAGAUAAAACUUAUUCUCUAAUGAACGAUUACUCUCCCAAUGAACAUGUUAAGGCACCUGUAGAUAAAAUGGAACUGUGGAAAGAGAAUUAUCAGAAUAUGAUGAACACAAACUACCAUUACCAGAUUGGUACAAUUGCUCAUUUCAUGAGAAUGAGAACGACUUCCAUAAGAAAAUUUCGAGAAGAAGCCAUUGGAGACAAAGAGCUUUAUGUAAGCAGAUCUAAAAAAUAUGGAAAUUUACCUAAAUCAGUAAUAUACGAAAUUACUCGAGAACCGAUAAAACAUGAAUCUGGACAAGAAUAUUUGGAAAAAAUGAAGAAAUUAAAUUUAUGCGAAUUUAUUUUGCUACAGAAAUCAGAAGAAAUCAAAAGACUAAAUCAAUUAAAAUUGGAAAGAGAAGAGAAAAUGUCAAAACAAGAAGAAAAUCUAGAAAAUAAAGCUACCGAAUUUAUCGACACGAUUAAGAAAAGCGAUACCGCUUGUUCAGAUGCCAUUAAAGCAGCUAACGAAUGUUCCGAACAGAGUCUGAAAUUAAAUGAAGAAAUUAAGAUACUAACUGCUCAAAAAAUCUCCUUACAAAAUUCUGUAUCUAAACAGGAAACCAUAUUGAAGAAACUGAGAAUUUUUCGCAAUUUAUUAGACUCCUUAGCACCAAGUAAUCAUUGGAAACAAAAGGAAAUGUCUAAAAAAUUGAAAGACAUCGACCCAAACAAAUCGAUUUUCACAGAUCAAGACGACGAGGACAAUUUUCAAAUUCACUUUGAAGAUCCCGCAGAAGUGACAUUAAGAUUGCAAGAAUAUAAAAACAAAUGCCUUUCUUUCAUUCAAUACAAUUUGGACUCCCGUGAAAUAUUAGAAGAAACAAAAAUUUCUUUCUUUACCUACCAAGAAAAAUUAUCCAGAGAGAUAGAAACAUUAAAAAAAGAAAUUCAUUUAUUACAGAAAAGUGAAGAAGAGCAGACCCAAAAAUCUGAGAAAUUUCAACAGUUAAUAAAUAAAUAUGCUUUCGAAAAAGAGGAUGACGAGUCAAAACUUCUGCAAACGAAGAUUGCUGAAGUGUAUAGAUGCUGCAGCGAAGAAUUUAGCGAAGGAAAUGUAAAUUCACAAAUUAUGCUGACCAGUAUAGAAGCUUAUUUAGAGCAACUAAUACACAAUUUGACAUUAUUACCUGCCAAACGUCUGAAUAAAAUCUAUCGAAUGAAACAAAAACAGAGGAGGAGAUUAGAACGAGAAAAGGAGAACGAAGAAAAAAGGAAGCAACAAGAGGAAAGAAUUAACAAAGCUUUGGAAAGGGCAGAAUUAGCUAAAGAAAGGAAAUUCAUUCGCAAACCAAUGUAUCGUUCCGAACCACUCACACUAGUAAGAAAAACCAAAGCCAAAGUUAAAGCAGAAACAGCACGACGACAAGAGGAGGAAGAAUAUAAAUAUUUUUUUACGUAAUACGAAAUUAUUUUGCAUAUAAACAAAAUUUCAUAUAUUUUAUUAUGUAACACGUUACUAGAAUAAUAAA